AGCUAGAGAAAGGCUUUGAGAAUGAUGAAAUAUGUUGAUCGUUGUGUCUUUCCUAUUGUUACAUUUGCUGACACUCCAGUGAUUUUUGUUGAUUUAAGAUCUGAAGAGAUAGGUCAGGGUGAGCCAAUAGCCCCCAAUUUAAGGGCAAUGUUUGAGCUGAGAGUUCCAAUCAUAAAAAUUGUAACUAAUGAAGGUGGUUCAGGCAAAACACUUGCCAUUAGAUGUGCAAACAAGUGGUUAAUAUUGGAAAACUCAGCAUUUUAUGUUGCUAGGUGUGAUAGGAACUGAUAUAAACUUGAAGGAGACAAGUGAUGAACCAUGUAGGCAUUGAAGCAGUUGCCAGUGAUUUCAAUGGUAACCGUGCUCUCUCAAGUUUGGAUGUAGAAGGUUGCAGUGAAGAAAGAUCGCUUAGGUUGGGUAGCUUGCCAAAAUUACUUCAACAAACAAAAGGCGAUAUCUUGAUAAAGAGCCUAACAAUCGUAUAGGUGGAUGUUUCUUGGAAGGUAGUUCAUAUUGUGGAAU